AUGACGCGUGAAGCGAGCACGCUGCUGCUCGUGCACGAUGCUCAGCAGGUGUGUGCGGGCGUCGGUAUCCAAGAUCCCUUUGCGAAGCCGGACGUGACGCUUCCCGCGCGUGUCGGCCGCCGCACGGACGACUCGGGCGAGUACCUCGUUGGCGAGGCGCUCACCCGUGCCGAGGCCGCGAACGAGGCGCUGGAGAUUGUGUGUCCGCUGGCGAAUGGCGACGUGCAGGACUGGGACGCGCUUGCGGCGCUGUGGUACGUGCGCCCGUCGCACAACACCUUCUUUACGAUGGUCGCGCUCCCGAUGCCCUUAUCGCGCGGCGCGUACGAGCGCACGGCGCAGAUCUUUUUCGAAAAGUUUAACACGCCCGCGCUGUGCAUCAGCGAGGUGCCGCUCCUCGCCGCGUACGCUGCUGGCGUCCUCAACGCGAUGGUCGUCGACGUCGGCGCGGAAGAGACGAGCGCGGUGGCCGUGAGCGACUGCGCGAUCGUGCCGACAGCCGCGGUGCUCAGCAAGCUCGGCACGGUGCACUGCACCUGGUGGCUCGCCUAUCUGCUCGUGCACGACGCGCCGGUGCGGGAAGCGCUCCAGCCGCUCGUCACACCGGACCUCUCUUUCGAGGCGCUCGCGUACGCUCUUGCGCAGUUCCUCGUGGCCGAGGGGCAUGUGCGCAUCGACGUGUCGGCAGAUGUACCGGGCCUCGACGAGCCAGACGCAGAAGACAACUCGUUUGACGUCGCCGCGGCGCUCGUCGAAGGGCGCGAGCGCGACGUGGUCAAGGAGCGCCAAAAGAAGAACGAGAAGCCGCUGGCAAGCGACGUGAUCCACGUCGACUUCCGCGGCGUGUCGGUGCCGGUGGGCCGCGUGCGCACGCGCUUCCACGAGCCGCUACUGCACCCCCAGCUUCUGGAGCGCGUCACACUCUCGCUGCCUGCGCCCCCGGCCGUGCGCCAGGCGCUGCACGCGCGGCGCAUCGGCGGCGAGCCGAUCUGCGUGUCGGUGCCGGAAGCGGUUGCGAUGGCCGCCGCGCAUGUGCAGCCGAGCGAGCGGCGCACCGUGCUCUGGGAGAACCUCGUGGUAACGGGCAGCGCGACGCGUUUCAAGGGGCUUGUGCCGGAGCUGCUCCGUUCGUUUACGACCUACGUCGCGAACGAGCCGACAGAGGGCGCGCAGGUCGUCGGCGAGCCGAAUCCCGCGCAGCCCCGUGCGGUGCGUGCGCACAAGGUGCCCGACUACUUCCCAGAGUUCAAGGAGCACCUCGAGCUGCUGCCGUACCUCGGCGCGACGAUCUACGCGAAGCUCGUGUUCAACGACACGUCGGGCCGCAACUAUAUUUCCAAGAUGCAGUACAAUGACGGCGGCCCGUCGGUGGCAUUUGCGAUCGGUAGCGCAUAA